GCAGCGGCGGGGGGGUGGGCGCGCGCCGCCUCGCAGCCCAUAAAGCGCCACCCGGUCGGCGGGGGCCGCCCACAGCCGGGCUGGGCGGCGGGCGGCUUCGCCAUGAGGGAGAUCGUGCACAUCCAGGCGGGCCAGUGCGGAAACCAGAUCGGGACCAAGUUUUGGGAAGUGAUAAGCGACGAGCACGGCAUUGACCCGGCCGGAGGCUAUGUUGGUGACUCAGCGCUGCAGCUGGAAAGGAUCAAUGUCUACUAUAAUGAAUCAUCGUCCCAGAAAUUUGUACCAAGAGCAGUCUUGGUGGACUUGGAACCAGGAACCAUGGAUAGCGUGCGAUCUGGUCCUUUUGGUCAGCUCUUUCGGCCUGAUAAUUUCAUCUUUGGACAAACUGGUGCAGGAAACAACUGGGCUAAAGGACAUUAUACAGAAGGGGCAGAGUUGGUUGACUCUGUACUUGAUGUAGUAAGAAAAGAAUGCGAACACUGUGAUUGCUUGCAAGGAUUUCAGCUCACUCAUUCCCUGGGAGGAGGGACAGGGUCUGGCAUGGGAACCCUACUCAUCAGCAAGAUACGAGAGGAAUAUCCAGACAGGAUAAUGAAUACCUUUAGUGUCAUGCCCUCCCCAAAGGUUUCUGAUACAGUGGUGGAGCCUUAUAAUGCUACGCUCUCAGUCCACCAACUGGUUGAAAAUACAGAUGAAACCUACUGCAUUGACAAUGAAGCUUUGUAUGACAUUUGCUUCCGUACCCUGAAGCUCACCACUCCAACGUACGGUGAUUUAAACCACUUGGUUUCCGCUACCAUGAGCGGGGUAACUACAUCCCUGCGUUUUCCAGGCCAACUAAAUGCUGACCUCCGGAAGCUGGCAGUAAAUAUGGUCCCUUUCCCACGCCUUCACUUUUUCAUGCCAGGCUUCGCUCCUUUGACAGCUCGAGGCAGCCAACAAUAUCGAGCACUCACUGUUCCAGAGCUCACCCAGCAGAUGUUUGAUGCCAAAAAUAUGAUGGCAGCCUGUGACCCAAGACACGGGCGAUAUCUGACAGUGGCUACUGUCUUCCGUGGUCCCAUGUCCAUGAAGGAGGUUGAUGAGCAGAUGUUGGCCAUCCAGAACAAGAACAGCAGUUACUUUGUGGAGUGGAUCCCAAACAAUGUCAAGGUGGCAGUGUGUGACAUACCUCCUCGUGGCCUCAAGAUGGCUUCCACAUUCAUUGGCAACAGUACUGCUAUUCAAGAGCUCUUCAAAAGGAUCUCGGAGCAGUUUUCAGCCAUGUUCAGGCGAAAGGCUUUCCUCCACUGGUUCACAGGAGAAGGAAUGGAUGAAAUGGAAUUUACAGAAGCGGAAAGCAACAUGAAUGAUCUGGUUUCAGAGUAUCAGCAGUACCAAGAAGCAACAGCAAAUGAUGGAGAGGAAGCAUUUGAAGAUGAUGAAGAGGAAAUCAAUGAAUAAAGAAAUUGGGUGCAUUAUUUCCCAGGCCAAAUUCUCAGAUAUGGAUUUCUAAUAAUUAGGCUUACAAAUCUGUAUUUGGGCUUAAAAAAAAAAAAAAAAAGGAAAAAAGGAGCAUGAGUUUCAGAUGUUACGAGGUGCUCUUCAGAGUCCAUUGAGGUCACUGAGAACUGAGGACAUUCAGCAUUAGCAUUUCUGGAAAUCGGGUCAUUUCUGUUCAUGAGACAAACAAGGCAUUCAGUGAAGACUUUGGUCUAAGAGUCUGAACACAGCGAUUGCUAGAUUGGGAUCUUUUUUUUUCCCAACGAAGUGUGUCAUCCAUAAAGUUAUACAAGAGAAGACAAAAUAGGCAUGAAAAAUCUACAAAAUAGAGCUGCACUAUUUUAAUUCAAUUAUGAGUAAGAAAAUCUUGUAGGUUUGAAGUAUUCAUUCUGUACCGAAUGUGUAAUACUGAACUGCCAGGAACAAAAUUUAUUUGUAAUAAAAAGAAGACAAAGGUUUUAGCUAUUCUGUACAGUAACUGUUAACAGUGAUACUUGACUCCAGUCCUCUAAAAACAAAAUAAAAAAAUCAGUAUCCUCUCAAGCAAAA